AUACAUGAUAAACUUGCUAUUUCUUCCGUAAGGCAAAGCAAGUUGACACAGAGCGAGACGGAACAAGUGAAAGAAAAGGUAAUAAGGCCUAACCAGUGAGUACUAACCACCAAGUAGAAGAACAAGGAACCGAAAAAAAAAAGGGAAAAGGAAAAGCAAGAAAAAAGAGAAGAAAAUUAAAGUGAAGCACAGGUCAGAUUCUACCGUUCCUUGUAUCCUCUGACGGUCUUCCCUCACCGCCAUCUCCACCGUACACGGAGGAUACCACCGCACACCGGAUCUCUCUCUCUCUCUCUGGACUCUUUCUCUGCCAUUCCUCACCAUGAACGAUUUCGACGGCCUCUUAACUACCGAUUUCGGGUUCAAACCCCAAGGCAAAGCAGCCCCAAUGGCUGCAUCCAAACCCCAAUCGUCUUCUCUCAACUUCGAUUUAGGUUCCCGAUCCACUCGCUCCUUCAACGAUUCUGUUAACGCCGCUUCCUUCGACGAUCUGUUCGGUGCGCACGCCAAAUCGGACUCAUCCUUCAAUUUGGACUCUAUGUUUCGUGCCUCCUCGGAUUUCGCUUCCAAGUCUGUUAACUUGCCGGUGAACGAUAAACCGGUCUUCGACAAACCGGUCUACGACGACGACGAUAUCUUUGACGGCGUUCCCGGUCUCAAGAGCUCCUCCUCAAAGGUCUCUUACGACAGCGUUUUCGCUGCGGGAGGGAGCAACGCCGCGUUCGACGAUCUUCUCGGCGGGUUCGGUAAGUCGAAGAAAUCGGAGGAGGAGAAAGGUGUCGCUGAUUUUGACGAUUUGAUCCCUGGAUUCGGGAGCAGUAAGCCUUCAGCUGACAGGACGACUCCUGAUAUUGAUUUGUCAUCAGAACCUACUGUUAGUGCAUCUAAAUCAGCUUCCAGUGCUACAGAAGACCCUUUCAAAGUAUUUGAAUCAACCUCAGCCCCAGUGGAUUCUUCCUCAGGCUACUUGACAGACCCAUUGGAAGAAAUUAGUAAAUUCACUAGCUCUAGAAGCCCAAAAAAUGAAAGUUCAUCAAAUUCUAAUGGUGGAGUUUAUGAUGAUAUUGAUCCCUUUGGUGGACUUGGAAAUUCUGUACCUGCAUUCUCAGCAGAGAGAAAUAGCAGCAAGCGUAGUAACUCCCCAACGCCAAGGUCAAACGCAAGUUCAAGCUGGAGCAGAGAUAAAGAAUCAAAUGACAAAGCGUCUGUGAGGAGUCCUGAGAGACGGACACAAAGCAAGAUUCCUGUUGACCGUGAUCAGGGAUUUCAUCAGGCUGCAUUUGACAUGCCUACAUAUUCAUCUGACUCUUACAAACCAGUUGGCCAAAGGUCUACUUCCCCCUUAUAUGACAAUGAUGGUUUUAAACAGGCCAAUUCACAGGCAGAUAUGUCUCCAAAAUAUGAAGAAAAAUUUGAAUCAAAUGAUGAUAUAUGGUUGACAGUAUCAGAGAUUCCUCUUUUCACACAACCAACUGCUGCUCCACCACCUUCGAGACCUCCUCCUCCUCGACCAGUACAUAUCCCCAAGUCAGGAACAGUUUUGCCAGCUUCUGCCAAUGCCAGAAUGAAGGCUAAUGAAUAUUCUUUUUCAAGUUCCACUCAAUUUUCUCAGGGUCCUAAUUCUGCCCCUGCUGCGGCAAAGUUUUCUUCAUCUCAGUUUGAUGAACUUGAAGAUUUUGCCAUGGGCAGGAGUCGUGGUAAUGAUGAUGAACGUGGAAAUGUUCUUUCUGAUGAAGAAUUAGAGAUGAACUCAGCUGCUGCAGCUAUGAAAGAGGCUAUGGAUAGAGCUGAAGCUAAAUUUAGGCAUGCUAAGGAAGUUAGGGAGAGAGAGAAUACAAAAACUGGUAAGAGCAAAGAUCCCAUGCAAUUUGAAAAAGAUGAGAGAACUGUAUCAGAGGAUAGAGGAAAACAGGAAAGGUUGGACCAUGAACGGCAGCAAAAGGAGAGAGAGGAAAAGGAGCAAAGAAGACGUGAGAAGGAAAAGGAGGAGAAAGAAAGAGAGCAACAGAGACUUGAGAGGGAAAGAGAAAGGGCAAGACAGGCUGUAGAAAGAGCUACUAGAGAAGCACGGGAAAGAGCAGCUGCUGAAGCUCGCCAAAGAGCUGAGAGGGCUGCUGUUGAGAAAGCUAAUGCAGAAGCUAGAGAGCGUGCAGAAAGGGCCGCAGUUCAGAGGGCACAGGCUGAAGCCCGUGAAAGGGCUGCUGCUGAAGCAAAGGAAAGGGCCGAAAAGGCCGCUGCAGAGGCAAAAGAGAGGGAAGCACGGGGAAGAGCUGCAGCUGCAAGAGCUGAAGCUGAAGCUGAAGCGAGAGUCAAAGCAGAACGUGCUGCUGUAGAAAGGGCUGCUGCGGAGGCUCGAGAAAGAGCUGCAGCAGAGGCCCGAGAAAGAGCUGCAGCUGCUGCAAGGAUGAACCAACAACAGAAUGAGAAUGAUCUCGAAUCGUUCUUCAGCAUGGGUGCACGAGCAAGCAGUGCUCCAAGGCCUCCUCGACCUAGCUCUUCGGACUCUGUAUUUGAUGCCCAAUUUCAGUCAGAUGUGACCCGGAAAUCUACAAGUGUAUCUUCAAGCAUGAAGAAAGCAUCAUCAACCACUAAUAUAGUGGACGAUCUUUCCUCGAUUUUUGGAGCUGCUCCAUCAUCCGGAGAGUUUCAGGAAGUUGAAGGGGAAAGUGAAGAAAGACGAAGAGCCAGGCUGGACCGCCACCAGAGGGCUCAGGAGCGUGCGGCAAAGGCAUUGGCUGAGAAGAAUCAACGGGACCUACAAACUCAAAGAGAACAAGCUGAGAGACACAGGCUUGCUGAAACACUGGAUUUUGAAAUUAAGCGCUGGGCUGCAGGGAAAGAGGGCAACUUGCGUGCUUUACUAUCCACCUUGCAAUAUGUGCUGUGGCCUGAAUGUGGUUGGCAGCCAGUUUCUUUGACUGAUUUGAUUACAGCUGCUGCUGUUAAAAAGGCUUAUAGGAAAGCUACAUUGUGCAUUCAUCCUGAUAAAGUACAGCAAAAGGGUGCAACUCUUCAACAGAAAUAUGUUGCUGAGAAGGUGUUUGAUCUCCUCAAGGAAGCAUGGAAUAAGUUCAAUUCAGAGGAGCUUUUCUAAUUUCAGACGAACUUAACUACUUCAAGGUAGUUUUGCUCUGCCCUUUCUGUUGAGAGGGAACCACAACCGUGUUUCAGCAGCCUCCACUGCAUAUUUGUUUCGAUUCAAGUUAUAUUGCAUCGAUGGUCAGAAAAUUGAUUUCAUGUGUGGCGUCAGGAUGCCCAAAGGUCACACUGGGGAGUAAUCUUUGGUGUAAUCGGUGGGGUGGUGUUGGGUUUAUGCCCAUGCUUAAUGAAUGUAACAUGUUUUUUUUGUAAAAAUAUCUUUUUGUGGGCAUCUGUCAAUUUAAUUCAUUAUUUCUGUCUAGUGAGUGCUCAUGAGCGGUUUGUUUUCUGUUUUUUUUUUCCAAUUUUAUUACUUGUGAUUUAGUAUAGGUUCCUGAAUAUAUAUUAUACCAUAUUGUGAUUGACAUCAAAAUGUGGGAACGUGCCAUGGACCUCCUCCGCACAAUUUCAAACGCGCAUUAAAUCUAAAAUUGUUUUGCCUUCUGUGGUUUUUAUUCGACCAUGUUAGACAAACUUUCAUGUUACUGGGAUAAAGUUUGAAGUUCAUAACUG